CACUCACAGUUGAGCUGCCAUCUUGAUACGCAGAAAAGUUAAAUAUCUAGCUCUUAUAUCUCGUGUUUCUAUAAAAAAGAAUAAUUAAGGAAAAAUUGUUAUAUUAUAAAAAGUGUCGAGUUUAAAAAUGCCGUUAAAAAAAAUAGAACGAAACGUUCAUACAGAACGUCGUAUAUGGAAAUUUGAAAAUAUAAGUGAAACAUUCGCAAAAGUAGAUCCGGACAAGGAUGAUUUUUCAGAGUGUCCUGUCCAUGAGACUUGUUUCUUUUCAACAAAAUUUCAAGAUCAUGACAUUGACUGGUACGUCAAGUUGAAGUUUCGUCGUAAUGAAUUGAAAGGUGGAAUCGAAAUAUAUUUCGACGCUGUUAAAAAAUUUGAACCUAAGAAUCAUGUCACCUGUAACUUUUACCUGGUCGACGCCGACAAAAAUGAGUUUUUUAUCGGGCGAAAAAAUCGAAAAUAUGAUUCGACUUAUUAUUAUUAUCCUCAAACUAAUAGAGGCAUUUUUUAUAAUCUGGUACAAUUACCAAACACUGAAGAUAAAUUAUUGCCCAAUAAUACCAUGACACUGUUGAUCGAACUCAACAUUUACUUGGAUGAAAAUCCUAUAUUUCCUUUAGAAGAAAUAGAAUAUAAAAUUGAAGCAGUUGUCAAUUUAGAUAAUAUCUCGAAGUUGUAUCCACUUAAAGAUGACGGUGACGUUAAGAUUUAUAUGCAAGGUGUUGAAUUUUCAGUCCAUGAAACUGUUUUAAAAACACGAUGUCCGAAAGCGUAUAAAAUUAUUGCUCGUCAUCAACAAAUGUCUGGCAACAAUGAUAACCAAUUAGUUCUUACGGAUAUCAAGCCAGAGAUAUUUCAAAGAGUUUUAGAAUUUAUCUACACUGGGAAAGUCAAAGACUUGGAUAAUUAUGCAGAAUCUUUGCUAGAAGCUGCUUCGCAAUAUGAAUUAAUAGGACUAAAAUAUAUGUGUGAAUUCUCUCUCGCCGAUAAUUAUCUCACUUAUGAAAAUUCUAAAGAAAUUAAAGAAUUGGCUCUUCGUUGUGGUGCCAGUAAGUUAAGCUUUAACGCAAGUAUGCUAAGAAAUGAUACAACUGUUCCCCUAAUGGAUUAUUCUUGUACACCUAGUGGUACGUUGAUAUGUACAAGACUCAGUGGUAAAAAAAGAGUGUCUAAAAAUUGUUUUAAAAAAGGUAUACCGAAGGGAAUUAGGAUUGUACCAUACUAGAUUGUCUUUGCAUCACUAGAUGCCAAUCCAUUGAUUCAUCUCAGCAAGAUUUUUCUUCAUAAAAUUUAAUAUUUUCCAAACAAAUUCGUUUUUUUGUGCCUUAGUUGAGUUCUGCAUUUUUCCACUUUUGUUAAAAUUUCCAAUAAGAAGUUUAAGGAUUCCCGGGCUGUAAAUAUAACAGACGUCAACUCGGUUGGCCCGGUUUUUAAUUUCGAAACAGAUCUUCUGAUAGUGCAACCAAGGAGACUGGAUAUCCGUGUUGAUCUUCUCCUCUGCGGAUGUCGUCUGCGUUUCAUAAUAUUCGCUGACCUUUGAUACAACUCGUCCUGGGUUAAAGUCGAUGCCAGUUUCAAUGAAAAUUCUUUGUAAAGAGGUUUCAAUUCAUUGAAAGACAUCCCUUCAGGAUCUGUUUAAAAUACAAAAAUGUAUUACUAUUAUUAUUAUGUAAGUACAGUAAUAACUCACCAAUGAUAACAUCUAGAACAUCAUCGACGCUAGUCAGUCCCUUCGGAAGCUCAAUUAUAUCGUGAUGAUGAUAAAUAAAUAAAUGAAACGUUGCUUCAAUUUGUAUUAAUGGAUCUUAUAAUUAAAUCGUUAAUGAGGACAAUCACCUCUUUCGAAAUACUCAAACAGUACAAGAUGUCAUGGCCUUAAUAGAAAAUUAAAAUGUAUAAAUCUGAGUGGCGUACAAAUAUAUUAAUCUAUUUAUAAAUAAAUAAAUAAAUAGAAAUAUAAUUGUAUGUAUUUCUAUUUAUUUUUAUCAAUAUUAUCUAUUAAAAAGUAAUAUAGACUAUUAGCUUGUUUUAAAUAAAUAUAUAUGACAUAUAUAUUUGAAUUCGAUGACUUAAAUAUAUUAACAGAUAAGCAUUCUUGUUUUUUUCUCUAGUAUUUAUGAAAAAUAUUAAGAGUAUUAUAUACAUAUAAUAUAUAAUACAGAUUUGAAAAAGAAUGAAAAUAUUAUAAAAACCAUUGCUGUCAUAUUUUUUUUUAUAAGCAUUGAUUUUUUAUGACAAUUCUAAAGUAUUUUGACUUGAUGUAAUUUUUUCGCACCCCUCAAGCGCGAAAGCUAUAUAAUAUAAACGUUGUUUGUUUAUCAUGAUGUCCUCGAGUAGGAGAAACCUUAAAAAGUCCUGGGAAAAAUUUCUCUUCUGAGUAAUCGACAUCGGGCAGAUACGAGUUGAUUUUUAAUCAAAUCAAUUACAAAAAAAAAAAGCUAAAAACAUGCUCAUGUAAGAAAUAAAAAAAACUCCAGGUGCAAUUUUUUUAUAAUUUAGUUUUGAAUGAAAUCAAUAAAUGAUUAGACGUCGGCUAAUUUCAAAGGCUGCAAUUUACAAAAACCCUAUAACUGAAAAGUUGACAGAUUUCAAAAAAUUAUUUUAUUUUCAAGUAAACAAAUAAAAUAUUUUCAGGAGAUGAUUAAAAAAAAUACAUGUCAAGUGUAAUUAAUUUUAUCGAACAUAAAAUUUACAUUUAUUAUCAUUUAUUUAUCACCUGCUACAAUCUAUUAAUAAAUAUUAUAAUGCUCACUACAGUGACAAUUAUUUACACGUAAUAAUAAUAAUAAUAAUAAUAAUAAUAAUAAUAAUAAUAAUAAUAAUAAAAGACUUAUUCGAGUUUUAUUUUCCAGGCCAUUAUUUUACGUAUUUUAAAUAUCAGCAGAGGAUUUAUAUAAACUACACUCCAUUGUAACAAAUAUUUCAAUCAGUCGUUCUAUUGAAUUAUAUUUAUUUUUUCAUAAUAAAUGAUUAUUAUACACAACUUUACACUUUAAAUAAUCGAAUCUCAAGCAAUUUAUCGUGAGCUUUGUUCGUCCAGUCUUCUCAUCUAAAAAUCUCGUAAUUUUAUUCGUUUAUAAAUUUUAAUAUUCAUUUAUUUAUAUAUAUUUAUAUUUAUAUUAUCUAGUAAUUUUAAAAAUAAAAAAAGUAAUUGCUUAAAUAUAUUUAUCAUAAACUCAUUUCAAACAGUUAAUUCCUUUUAAAAUCUAAGUAUUAGUGAGAUCGAUAAAUUUUUUAUUUAUUAUUUGGUAUUAAGUCAUUUAAUAUUUUUAAUUCCGCCUCUCACGUCGAUUAUUACUUAAGUGUGUUAACUUGUUCUCAUAUGAGGUAAUUGAUUUUGCUCACGUUUAAAAUAAUAAUUAUUAAAAAACCAACAUCAUAUAUUGACUUUCACAUUAAUUUAAACUAUUAAAUAUUAUCUUUUAUUACUAAAUAAUUAUUAUAAACUUCAGUGUCUCAAUAAAAUCGAGUAUUAAUAAUUUAUAUAAUUGUAUAUAUAACAAAUUUUUAUUUCAAUUUAUUAAUUGGCUUGUUUAUUUUAUUUAUUUUUCGUAGUUGGUAUUUUUAAAUUUCAAAAUUUUUACAACGGAGUUUCUUUGCGUGCUUCAGCUUUCCAUUGGAAUCCAUUGACUCGUGUAGUGAUGGGUUUAUUUCUGUUAGUCGCGUUUUCAAAUCCAUUCCGUACACCCGCGACAAGUCGCAUCGCUGGAUUCGACACCAAACCAUUGCGUUUGGGUUUUGGAUUCGGGCUGUAAAAUAAAAACAACAAACUUUUAUAUAUUUUACAUUAAUUAAUAUAUCAUACUUAUGACUA